CUUCUCUGUCUCUGUUCUUACAGUUACAGCUUAAUUCCUUCAUUACUCAUCAUCACUAAGCUCUUAGAGAUGUCUGGAGUGUGGGUUUUCAAGAACGGCGUGGUUCGCCUGGUCGAGAAUCCGGGGACGGAGACAUUGGACGGCGGUCGUCAAGCCUCAAACUCCGGUCGUCGGAAUAAAGUUUUGGUUCAUACACCCAGUAACGAGGUGAUUACUUCAUACUCUGUACUAGAGAGGAAACUAUUGGGGUUAGGGUGGGAAAGGUACUACAAUGACCCAGACCUGCUUCAAUUCCAUAUACGUUCCACGGUUCACCUCAUCUCUCUCCCUAAAGACUUCACCAAGUUCAAAUCCAUGCACAUGUACGACAUCGUCGUUAAGAACCGUAAUUGUUUUGAAGUUAGGGAUAUGUAGCUCUUCUCUUCCCCUACCCCUUUCUUCUUCUAUCUUCUCCUCCAUUGCAAUCGAUCCCC